CCCCGUCCCAGAGAACAAUGAAUCCCCCCUUCUCCCCCAUCAGAACAAUAGGGAGCGCCCACCCCUGCGGAGAACAACGGAUCGCUCUCACAAAAGGGGAGCGGGUCCCUGGAGGGGGUUCCUCACUGGGGGGACGGGGGGGAGUUGGGGACAGACGUGGAGAUGCCACACCUGGGGUGGGUUCUGCGCUGAGGGUCCCGCGCGGUGCCUUUGGGGUCCCGCGAGGCUGCGAGCGCGGAGCGGCCCCAUUCCCGUUCCCCACCGCUGGAGGUUCGGCUCCUCGGGGCGAUGUUCUCCCAGCGCGUCCCGGCUCGGGGUGGCACCGUGGUGGCACCGCGGUCCCCAUCCCGCCCCGCUUCCAUCGGCUCGCGCGCCCCGAGCGCUGCGGGUCAUUCACGGGAAGUAUCACGGAGCGCUGAUCGGGGCUGGGCUGCGAAAGCAGCCGCGGCGGGGAAGCAGAACGCGGUGGGAUCGAGAAGGGAAAGUGCUCUCCGGGAUCCCUCGUUGCCCGUAGGGCUGCGGGGUGGCACAGCGCUCCAGAGCUCGGCCUCACCGCCGCUCCCCCGCCCCACGGCCGCAGGGACCCCCAGGUCCCGUCCCGCCGAGCGGUGCCCCCGCGCUCCCCACCUCCUUUGUCCCACGGUCGGAGUUCGGUCCCGCGGCCCCGACGUGCGGCAGCGCUGGAACGGGCGCAGCCAAAUCUCCUUUUAGAGAGCGAAGUUCCGCGCUGGAAUGCCGCGAGCCGAGGGACGGGCACCAGAACCGCCAUCGGCGGAGGAGAGGGCGAGAGGGGGGGAGCGCAGCGGGACGCGGCCCCGUCGCUUCACACCCAUUUUGCUUUAUUUUUUUUCAGCGCCGCCCAAAUCUCCUUUUGUUCUUCGGAGCGAUCGUUGCUUUCGAUCUCCGCGAGCCCCGAUAAACGUGUCGGAGCUCUCGGACGCUGAGCGGGGGGUUUCCCUUUUCUCUCGCAGCCCUUAAAACGCCUCGAUGUAAAACCGAAAGGCGAUCCGGCCCUUCGGAAGAGGAGCGCAAACGUUCCCGACACCCUGAAAUGUGCUUUUACUUUAUGGCGUUACUUAACACCUGAGCAGCAUUUAUUUUUUUUACAAUAGGAAGGCAAUAAAACCCCGCGCAGGUAUUCUCGCUGAGCAUUCCACCACCCCCCGACCCGCUCCGUUCCCAUCUGAAAACUUCACACUUUUCCCUUUUAUAACACAUGUGGCUGCGAAAGAAAAAGGAAUGACUGCGAGAGGAGAAAAGCCAAAGGGACGCGGCCCGUGAGCGGCGUGCUUUGUGCUGCAGGCGGUCGGAUCGGCUGCAGUUGGGGCCGAGGGCUGCCCGGGGUGGGGAGGGGGGAGACUGAGGGGUGGUGGGGGCUGCAGCCCACCCGGGUGUGGGGGCUGUUAGGAGCCCCCCCAGCACUGAGGAGCACGCGGGGCCGCACUGAGCUGCCGCUGAAAGCCGAUCGGGGCCGGGAGGUCGAAGGAGAGCGGAGGUCGAGGCGCUUUCCGGGAGGUAAUUAGCAAUAUUAGCCCGGCACGCGCGGCCCCGCAGCGCCUCGGCAAUGAGUGCUGGGGGAUGUCAGCCCCGGGUCGUUUUCCCCUGCGGAACGUGCGAGCAGCCCGCUGUGCUUUGAAGCCUUUCGGUGCGCGGUUUGCUCUCCUCCAUGAGCGGUGAAGUGAGGGCAAUGGGGGCCGAGGAGGGGGGGGUCCCGGUGAGGGAUGUGGGCUCCCCCCCACAAGCCCGCAGCGCAGUGCUGCAGCACAUGGUUUGCAUUAGGGCGCUGAGCGGUGCGGUGCACACCGCGGAGGGACGCCGGUGAGCAAUAGAAAAAAAAAAAAAAACCCAAAAAACCAAACCGCCCCCAAACUUUCCAUUGUUGCUCUCAAACGGGGCGAAAAGCCAGAGCCCGGCCCCAAACCGGGCACGGAGCGAUGCGCACCGGGCACCACAACGGCACCGCAGCUUCUCCGAGCCCACGGGGAGCCACGGGGAGCGCCCACGGUGCCGUGCUGCGCCGCGCAUCGCUCCCCUUCCCGUUGUCUCCGGCCGCAGACCCUGCAGUGAUCUCCCCCCAGGACCCCACGCUGCUCAUCGGUUCCUCCCUGACCGCCACCUGCACCGUCAGCGCCGACCUCCGCCUGCGCGCGCAGGACCUGUACUGGACGCUGAACGGCCGCCGUCUGCCCGCUGCCUCCUACACCACCCUCGGCCCCACCACGCUCAGCGUGGCCCUCGCCCGCCUCAACGGCUCCCGGCAGCAGUCGGGGGACAACCUGGUGUGCCACAGCCGCGACGGCGGCAUCCUGGCCGGCUCCUGCCUCUAUGUUGGAUUACCCCCAGAAAAACCAGUCAACAUCUCCUGCUGGUCCAAGAACAUGAAGGACCUCACCUGCACGUGGGCCCCAGGGACGGAGGGGGAGACCUUCCUGCACACCAACUACACGCUCAAGUACAAGCUCCGGUGGUACGGCCGUGACAACACGUGCCAGGAAUACCACACGGCCGGGCCCUACUCCUGCCACAUCCCCAAGGACCUGGCCCUCUUCACGCCCUAUGAGAUCUGGGUGGAGGCCUCCAACCGGCUGGGGGUGGCCGUGUCCGACGUCGUCAUGUUGGACAUCCUCGAUGUGGUCACCACCGACCCGCCAUCCGACGUGCACGUCAGCCGUGUGGGUGACCUGGAGGACCAGCUGAGCGUGCGCUGGAGCUCCCCACCGGCGCUGAAGGAUUUCCUCUUCCAAGCCAAGUACCAGAUCCAGUACCGCGUGGAGGACAGCUCGGAGUGGAAGGUGGUGGAUGAUGUGGGCAACCAGACCUCGUGCCGCCUGGCAGGGCUGCGCCCCGGCACCGUUUACUUCGUCCAGGUGCGCUGCAACCCCUUCGGCAUCUACGGCUCCAAGAAGGCCGGCAUCUGGAGCGACUGGAGCAACCCCACGGCCGCCUCCACGCCGCGCAGCGAGCGCACGGCGGGGGGCUGCGACCCCAAGGGAGGCGAGCAGAACACGACGCUGCGGCGGGAGCUGAAGCAGUUCUUUGGGUGGGUGAAGAAGCACUCCUACGGCUGCUCCAACCUCAGCAUCAAGCUGUACGACCAGUGGCGCGUGUGGCUGCAGAAAUCCCACAAAACACGCAACCAGGUAGGUUCUACCCGGCGAUAAGUUGUAGCUCCCGCAGGGCUGAGCGCCGGCAGCACCGCACCGGGUGCCCAAAGCCCCCCCGGGGCCGCCCGCCCCGUCCCUGCCACCACACCGCACUGGGGGGGGGUUCAGCAGUGGCCGGAGCUCGGCGCGGCCCUGCAACCCGCUGCAGGGGGGUUUUGCCCAGGGGGGAGGCUGGGGCUGGCCUUGGCAGCCCCCUGGGGGCGGUGGCAGUGCCACGUGUCCCCCAGGAGCACAGCCCCCAUGGCAGCGAAGGGACUCCCCAGCCUCACCUGGAGCCUUUGUUCCUUAACCACGACCUAGAGCAGCAAUUGGGGUGAAGGGGGCAUGGGAGCUCCCCGUGGCCCCCAAACCUGGGGGGUGAAGCCCUCCCCACCAGGAUGCAGUUUGGGUGUUUUGGAGGGGCCACGGGUGCCCGUGGGGCCGCGUGUGAGCACAUGGGGUUUCUGUCCCCAGAGAGCUGUGUGGGGCUGGUUUGAGGCUGCUGGGGUUUGCCCAGUGCCUGCUCUGAUUUUGAUUCAAACCAGCCUUAUUUUGGUUACAUUUCAGUCAAUUAGGAACAGAUUUAAGCUUAAUGCCAAUAAACCUCGUUAAACCCCACCGGGGCCUGCGUCAGUGGAGCAGCAGC